AUGACUUUCCCCUUUAAAAUUACUGAGCAUGUCAUCGAUGGGCAAUACAUCCGAGAAUACCCAAGGGCCACAGCUUCACCCGAUAGCCCCCUAAAGCUCUGCAUCAAACAGUAUACCCCAAUCGAUAACAAAAAUCCCCAACCCGGGGAUCUUACUAUCGUGGCUACUCACGGCACUGGGAUACCCAAGGAAUUAUACGAGCCGCUCUGGGAAGAGCUGCUAGCCCGCUCCGAGCAGGAUGGAGUCCGUAUCCGCUCAAUCUGGAUGGCGGAUGCCACCAAUCAAGGAGCCAGUGGUAUUCUGAACGAACAGCAUAUAGGAAAUGACCCCUCUUGGUAUGACCAUAGUCGGGAUGUGGUCCAUAUGAUCAACCACUUCCGUGACCAGAUGCCUCGACCCAUCAUUGGGGUUGGCCAUAGUCUGGGCGCGGUACAGCUAUUAUUCGCCUCUCUUUUCCAUCCCAGGCUGUUCACCUCGCUGGCACUUAUUGAGCCACACAUGACCGACGACCCGUUGUCUGGGGACGGUCCACUUUUUGUCGCCAUGUCGACCGCCAAACGUGAUGUGUGGGCUUCUCGGGAAGCUGCCGCAGAGAAGUCUCGCAAGUUGCUCAAGGCAUGGGAUCCACGUGUUUUCGAGCUUUGGAAAAAGUUCGGAUAUCGUGACUUGCCUACUGCUCUCCAUCCCGAGGUCCCGAAUGAUGGAAGUCGCCCUGUGACAUUGACUACCACAAAGCACCAAGAAACCAUCAUGUACACACGGCCAAACGUCAAUCGACACGUCCAGUUGGGCUUGCCCCAUAGUCAGGCUCACACCGAUCCUGAUUCCAUCAAGCUCAGCGCAGCACAUGAUCCAUUGGUGGCGCCUGAUGUAUUAGGCCCGCUGCUCCCGGAUCAAAAGUCAUACCGCCCAGAGCCAAUUCUGGCAUACAAACUGGUACCGCAUAUCCGACCUCCAGUACUCUAUUUGAGUGCCUCUCACAGCCCGCUGGGCAAAGGAGGCCAGCACGCAGAGGCCUCGAAGCAGACGGGAACUGGGUUUGGUGGAAGUGGCGGUAUGGAUUCCGGUCGUGUCAAGCUUGUCACGAUACCGAAGGCGGGUCACACUUUGCCUCAAGAAAAGGCGGCAGAUACUGCACGAGUUCUGGGUCCGUGGAUUAAGCAGGAGCUUCAGCGUUGGGAGCAGGAUGAGCUCAGGAUAUAUGGUGGCUGGAAAGAUCGCCCUAUCGGUGAAAAGUCCGGAUUCCCUUCAGAAUGGAAGGAAGUCAUCAAAAGCUUGCCUUUGCCAAAGCGACCCGCAAAGAUCUAG